AUGAGUUCUGACUAUGCAAAACCAUAUUCAGACUUUAUAGGAGCAUUUGAAAAGCUUUUUCUAAUAAAAUCCAAUGAAUCUGUCGAAGACAUGUGCAAUAUCAUCAAAAAUGUUUUGAUUUCGAAAUAUCAACUUUCCAAAAGCCAACUCUCAACGAUCAUUUUAAAAGCACUACAAUACAAUUAUGCUUCAAAGGAAAAUUAUAUAAAAAUACUCGAGUAUUUUUCGGAAUUAACACUCCCAUUGGAGGGUUCAAUCGAAUUUGUUGUUAUGCAUGAUCAAAUUGAUAAAUUUAAAGAAUAUAUUUCUCAAAAAGAACUUAAAAAUGAUAAUUUUUUAGAAAUUUAUAAAACACAUGAAUUAGAGAGAUUCAAGUUAUCAUUAAUUGAAACAUGUGCAUAUUUUGGAUCUGCAAACAUUUUCUUUUUCUUAAUUUCAAACCAAAAGUAUGCAAUAUCAAAAAAAUGUCUUCAAUAUGCAUUAAUUGGUAGAAAUACAGACAUCAUCAGCGAAUGUUUAAAGGAAAAUCAGAUGGACAAAGAUUGUCUCAGAGACAUUAUAUGUUCGCAUAAUAACGAAAUGCUUGAAUUUGUUUUAGAGAAAAAUAUUUUUACAUAUAAAGAUUUCGAUGGAGAAGACAUACAUUCAACAGCUAUCUACGAAGAUAUUAUCAAAUACCAAAACUUGAAAGCAGUAUUUCUACUUUUCGAUAGAGAGAGAAAUUUCAUCGUUCCUUGGUGUGCUGCGUUUCCUCAAACAAUAGAUAUUCUCAAAAACGAAAAAUUUCUUGAUAAAAUUGAUUAUAAGAAGAGAAAUAUUCUACAUUAUGCAUGCAUGUCACAAAAUUCUGAUAUCUUCAAAUUUUUAUAUUCCUCAACUAACAAAAUUGAUGCUGAUUAUCGCGAUGUAUAUGAAAUGACUGCUCUUCAUUACGCCGCAAUGUAUAAUAAUAUAGAUGCAACAAGAAUUCUUGUUUCAUUAGGUGCUGAUGUCAAUGCUAAACUUAUUUUAUUUCGUUUUAUAUCAAUCAUUGUUAUAUAA